AUGUCAGCUCCAUCCUCGUCCUCUACUACAAAGUCAUCGUCUACUAGAUCAAAUACCACGUCAAAUGGAGGAGGAAGCGGAAAUCGCCUGCGGUUUCGUGGAGAUGCAGCUAGUUUUUCACCUCGGAAUUAUGCCGCUUAUCAUUACCCUCAACAACCUUAUCCUCCACAACCCCAUGUAUCGAAUAAGCUGUAUUUUUCAUCACCGUUGCAGCAUCAGCUUACCCCACAGCAGCAGCAGCAGCAGCAGCAACAACAACAACAGCAGCAGCAGCAGCAGAUGUACAUGCACUACGCUUCCUUUAAUUACCCAAUGAUGACAAAUCCAAUGUACAUGUAUGUACCCUAUCCUCAAGAUGUAUAUCAACAACAACAGCAACCACCUCCACCAAUACCACCACCACCACCACAGCAGCAACAGCAGCAACAGCAGCAACAUCAAUAUCAGCAUCAGCAACAACAAGCACCUCCGCCACCACCUCAACAAGCAUAUAUGAUACCGCCAACUUUCUCACCACAACCAGCAACUCCUCUACAGUCUCAUCAUCAAAAUUCACAAAUACCCCUACCAGUGCCACCGGUUAAUUCUCAUACACAUCUUCUGCCACAGACACACCUGCAACCCCAGCUGUAUUCCCAACCACAACCACAACCACAGCCACUGCAACAACAUUUCCAACACCAACAUCCAGAGCAGUCACAUCCUCAGCACCAACACCAGCACCAAGCACGCUCGUCACCUGCUAUACAGCUGCCGCUUGGCACAGGAACACCAACUUCGUCAGAAACUGCUGACUCAUUACCGGGCACAAAGGUUGAAACACAAGAUGAAACUUCAAAAAUGCCGUCGAGAGACUCAACCGCUCUCCUGGCGACGCAACAACAAGUUCAAGACAUUCAUUUGUCAAAUGAAGAUGCCAGCACCAGCUCUGACAGCACCAAACUGAAGGUGGAGACGAAACUUGGUGACGAGGAGGACGCAGGACUUGAGCAGAGUGAACUCGAAAACAAGGACCACGUGGUACACGCUCCUACACUCAAUGGGCACAAAGAAACCGAAGAUCAGGAGACUGUGGAUGUUAAAUUUCCCUUGUACAUAAACGAAUCAAAACCAAGCUUUGAUAAUGUAUUUCCUUUUGUAAAGGAGAACAGAAAAAUGGACGAUAUUGACAGGUUAAACAAUUUGGGAAACAAGGUUAACAAAGAUGAGAAGGUGAUACUUUGUCUCGCAUACACCGCAGUCUUGGAUAUAAACACGAACGAGUCUUACAUCACUGAUGGCAAGUCGGUAAAGAAAGAAGAAGAAGAAGUUGGAAAAGUCGAGCCACAAUCUCAUGGAACAGCUCAAUUGGUGCAUCCAACAAGGCAGAGUCCAACCCAGACUCAAACUCAACCACAAAGCACGAACUGGGCUGCAAUUUUGCAAUCCAGUGCACCAAUAGCAAAGAAAACCACCAAACCAACAAAAGCCACUACAGCUAAACCAGGAAACAACAACAACCAAAUAAGUCAUACCGUUCCCACUCACAGGUCUAAAACGACUACACCCGAUGUGUUCGAUAUCGAGUCGGAAUCGGCACACCCUUUGGGAAUAUUGCUACUCAAAGUCAUGUUUGAUAGCAACUACUCCUUGUCCAACAAUUUCCCUGUUUUUGAUAUAAAACCCAAAGGACUCACCAAUACGGGGAACAUUUGUUUUAUGAAUUCAAUCUUGCAAUCAUUACUAUAUUGUAAACCUUUUAACAGACUACUCAAAUUGAUUGAGUCCAAAUCAAUUGGAGAUUUAGUUGAAUCAUCACAGCCAUUGAUCGACGCCACCAUCAAGCUUUUCAAUGAGUUUAAACCUAACGAUGUGAAUAACAAUACCAACAACAACAACAAAUCACCACCAGUUUCAAUUGAGCCAUUUUACGCUGCGUUAUCCAAACAUAAGAAUUUCCAGCAUUUGAAAUGGGGACAACAGGAGGAUGCAGAGGAGUUUUUAGGGUACUAUCUUGACGCAUUGAAUGAAGAAAUGAUUGGCGCUUUGAAGAAAUUGAAUACUCCACAGGUGGACCUGUUGAUACAAUCAUAUGCGCAAGACGAUGUGGCCAAGUUCAAGUACAAUGUCAAGACUUGCAUCAAGAGGAUAAAGAAGGAUGACGGUAGAGAGGAGGGAGAUGAUGAUGGUUAUGAUGAUGAAAGUGAAUGGAGUGAAGUUGGGUCCAAGAAGAAAACGAUAACCAAGAUUGAAGUUGAACCAACUCCGUUAAAUAUGAUCUUUGGAGGAGAGUUUAAAUCAGUCAUUACCAUUCCCAAGGGCUCGUCCUCCUCUUCAUCUUCGUCAUCUUUUCAAAAAUCAAUUACGUUGGAUCCUUUCCAACAUGUUCAACUCGACAUUUCAAAUUCAAAUUCAAUAGAAGAGGCAUUUUUACAUUUGAACGAAAUGGAAACUAUCUUGUACAGGGGACACAAUAACAAGGAAGUUGAAGUUAAAAAGCAAACUUUCGUUGAGAGAUUACCCCAAGUGUUGAUUAUCCAUCUUAAAAGAUUUAGUUACUCGAAAGACCAAGAAAAUGCCAUUGAGAAAUUGGCCAAGAACAUAUCCUAUGACCAUACAUUGACGAUACCCAGAGAAAUACUAUCACAAGACCAGCACCAGCACCAGCACCAGCACCAGCACCAACAACAUCUACAGCCUCCAUCUUUGUCCAACCAGUAUCAAUUGAUAUCUGUCGUUUACCAUCACGGCUCAAGCGCCGAUGCAGGACACUAUACCAGUGACACGUUUGAUUUUGAAAGUAACCAUUGGUGGGAGAUUGAUGAUACGAUUGUGAAACAAAUCAAAGAUGAUGAGGUGUUGAGUUCGGGUAUUAACAAUGCCUAUAUACUAUUUUAUAGUAAGAUUUAA